AUGGUUAAUAACAGUGAUAACGACGUCGCAACAGCUUUACAAGAUUUAGAUACACUUCUUACUCAUAUCACCAUCGGCGGACAUAGUCUUAAUGCUAAUGAAUUCGUCGAAAUCGAUUCAGAAACUUCAGCUUUCAACGAAUGGAACGAUAUCGAUGACAAUCUGAUCGUCGUCGAUGCAGGCUGUGGUGACAACAUAACCACAGAUAACAACGAAGAUGACGACAUGCCAACUGAAGCACCGCCUAAACUCACCGAAGCAAUGGAAAUGGUUCGACGACUACAUAUUUUAGCUGCCACUCAACAACCACAAUUACAUACACUUAUUUCUCAAUUGGAUUCACAACUUACUCAACUUUUCAUCGACUCGAAAGGAAUAUUUAAACAAUUAAUAUUAAUACAAUUAAUUAAUGCAGAAAUGGUUUCAUGUCAAAUAAAACAAAUGACAGCUCAAACAGCGGAUCAUUCAGAUGAACAACAAACAUCAAAUAAUAAGACAACUACAUCUGCUGAUAUAUCAAAGGAAAAUAAUACAAAUUCGCAACAAACAGAUGAUAAAUCUAAAUCUAAUUUAUCAAUAUUACCAACAUGGACUUAG